GUGACUUGCUCGCCGCAUUGUUGCUCUGGCCAAAUAGUCCGCCGGCGCCAACGGGUGCAACGACAACGAACCAACCAACCAACUGACCAACGAACCAACCAAACACCGAGCCGCAGCCAGCAAAACCCAAUCGAUCGAUCGUCCUCCUCGCCCUCAUCGCCCAACCCGCGCCGGCACCGCACCGCAUUGUGCUUUUGCGGGUGUCAAGGUCCCACGCUGCCAGCCGUCCGAAGCUAUCAUUAGCAAACGACACGACACUCACUCACUACCCACGACGGCAGGCCUCGCUCAGGGCCGAGUCGAGUCGAGUCGAGUCGAAGUCAGUCACUUUUCCAAGUGCUUCGUAGCAGCACGCGCUGACACCUCGAAGAGAACGGACGCGCGCACGUCGCCCGGACUCCAAUAGUCGACGACCACCAUGGGGCUCGGCACUGUCACGCUGCUGGAGAUCAACCAGGUGCCCUCGGGCAAGCGGAUCGCCUACUGCUUGCCGUCGGGCGAGUUCAUCUUCGUGGCGGACACGUGUGCGGCCACGUUUGGCGCCGACAAUGCAGCGGAUCUCUACGGCGGCAACCUGCUCCAGUUCCUGACGCUCGGAGACGCAGAAAAGCUCGAGGACUUUCUACGGGCUCAGCAGCAGCAGCGCAGCUACAGCAGUGCGUUGGCGUUCAACCCAUCGCAGCAGAUGCGUAUGGUGGUGAGGCUGCCAAGCAACCCGAGCACGCAGCUAUGGAUCCACCUCUCCACGAUCCCGCUCACGCUGCGAAUGAUGCGCUGCAUCGACACCAUCCGCAGCCUGAGCAGUCCGCUGGGGCACUUCGCGGACUCGUCCAGCUUCGUGCUCUCCGAGGACGAGUUCAGCUCGGUGAUGAGGAAUCCUCUCGGUGCGUCGAGCUCCUCGUUGGCAUCGCGCGCGGUCGCGCCGUUGUCGUGUGAAGACGAUGACGACUUGAUGUUUCUGGAGUAUGAAAAUAGCUGCCUGUCCCCAGCAAGCCUCACGCCCAUCGUACCGCUCGAGCUGAAGCACCGCCACCCCAAUUUUGCGAUGACUCAUAACGGUUUGCGCCUGGACGACGCGGACACGGAGGAGACGAGUGACGACGACGAAGACCUCAAGGCGUCGCUGUCCAACCUGGCGUUCGAAGCAGAUUGGUCCAGCGAGGCCGAGCACGACGACCAAGCGCAUGCUCUGUUCUCUGCCGAGCCGGUCACCCCCACCUCAUCGUCGUCGGGCUCCGAUCCGAUGGCAUUCCGAGCCGAGCUCGUCAUUUGAGUUCCGAAAUAGUUUUUUAAAGUGGAGACAGUCCGUCCACAUCAAUCAGCCUCAACAUUCAUCG